AUGAAUAACCCACAAGUGUCUAAGUUACUCAAUAAAACUGAUAGUGAUAGAACACAGAGUAAUAAAUCGCUUAAUGAGCGAAGAAGGCGAGAGCAAGAGAACAUUUACAUCGAGGAGUUAGCCGAGUUGAUUUCCGCUAGCAUAACGAAUAUGGACAGUUGCAAUGUGAAGCCUGAUAAAUGUGCCAUAUUGCAAGAAACUGUCAAACAGAUCAAGACUAUAAAGCGACAACAAGUAGCGGAGUCCAACGGAGCUGUUCAGCAAUGCCAUGUAUCCUCUAGUAAGCCAGCAUUGUUAGCAAAUGAUGUGUUAGGACCUUUAUUACUUGAGGCACUGGAUGGAUUUUUAUUUGUGGUGAACAGUCAAGGGCGGAUAGAGUUUGUUACUGAAAAUGUGUCUACCUAUCUGAAGUUUGGCAAGGAUGAGUUGGUAGGAAGUAGUAUUUACAGUUUAAUACAUGCAGGGGAUCAUGCUCAGCUUACUGAGUGUCUCUUACCUCUAACUAAUGGGAUUGUAUGGCCAAGUGAGAAUCCCAACAAAUUGUCCAAGAGUCGUACUUUUAACUGUCGAAUGUACAUAGGAAGCCAAGAUGAGCAUGGUGAUGAUGGUGGUUCGCAAGAGUCAAAAUUAGAACACAUGCAAUGUUCAGCAGUUCUCCAACCACAUCCAGAUGACAAACAACCUAAUGCUGAUGGUUCAGCAAGUGUUGAUGGACCAGCUUACUUGGUAUGUGUAGCCCGAAGAAUGCCGCAAGAAGACAGGUCACUUAUAGAACAGUUUGUAACAAAGCAGGACUUGAGUGGGAAAAUCAUAUCUGCAGAUAUCUCCUCACUGACAUUGCCGUUCCAUUCCAAAUCUGAUUUGGUUGGACAUUCAUUACAAGAAUACUGCCACUCUUCAGAUAUGCAGCAGCUCAUCAAACAUCAUCAAGAAGUUUUGAGUAACAUUACUGACACAUGUACCACAGCGAUGUACAAGUUCCGUGCCACCGAUCACUGCUGGUUGUUUGUGCAAACAAGAAGCAAGUUAUUCCUUAGAAAUGGACAGCCAGAGUUUAUCAUGUCAACUCAUAGUAUAUACAGGGAAACGCCUAAUACUCCAUCUACUGAUGCCAGUACCAGUGCCUCAACAAACCAAGUCUCAAGUAUUCCUUCAACACCCAAAAGUGAUCAUUCAGGACCGCUGCCAUCACUCAGCAAUUUAUUACGUUCAGGAAAUUCUGCGUCUGCGUCGUCCAACUCACCAAUUGAAAUGCUGCAGAACUCUUCUCUGUCUUCUCUACUGAAAUCUACCAAUUUGAAACCAUACAUGUCCCAUUUACAAACCAAGUUGCCAACUACGCGUAUCAACACGAGUAGCGAUGUUAUGCGGCCCCCAGUGCCUGGCAGUAGUUAUUCAAGAUCUGAAACAUCCUACAAGACUUCUAGUCCACUCUGUUGUAGCAGUCAGUCACCAGUCAGUGCCAGUACAAGUGGACUUGUAUCACCUGACUCUGUGCAAGGAAGAGUUGAGAAACCGGCAAGCACCAGCUCAUUAAAGAGGCCAUCACAGGACUCAGCUCAAGGGGGGAAAUUCAAAAAGAAUCGAUUACUUCAGAAGUUAUUAAUGGAAGAUGAUGACACAGACUAUGCGGCACAGGGAGCAAAAGCUUGUGGAGAAGCAGUGGAAUUUACUAGUAACCCGCCAUCUAACUCUAGUACCCAAAGUGAGGCAUCUGUUCGGAUGAAAGAAGCAAUAUUACAGCGCUUGCUUGAACAGAGCCCUAAUCCUUUGUCAGUUGAAAGUAAAGACAUGGAUGCCGAUAAAAAAGAUUUCAGCGACAGUGAAGAUGAGAAUAAGAUUUUAAGCAAACUGCUAGACGGCGAUUGUUCUGUUAAGUUUGGUAGUGAGCUCUAUCCGCUAGAGCAGCUGCGGAGGAUGCAGAAUCAUUCAGGCGGUGACCUGUUUCCUAGGAUACCAUCACAGGAUACAAGUAAAAUUCUGGACCAUCAUAGGACUCUUAUACCAGAUGCUUGCCCGCCCGGAAAACAAUCCAAAAAUGGAGCACCUCAAAAACAACCCAAAAACGUUUUGCUGCAAAAGUUACUAAUGGAGGAUGAUUCUUCUGUCUUGUCGCAUAGUACCCUAUUUGGAAAAACAUUUGGAGCUGGGUUUCGUAAACAUGAAAUUGUCCCAAAUGUAAACGAGUCUGAUAGUAUUGUUAGCAGUAGUAGCAGCAGCAGCAGCAGCAGUAGUAAUAGUAAUAAUAACAGUAACAAUGUUGCUCUUGCCUCAGCUGUAACCAGUGGAGAAAAUACUGCAUCAACAGCGAAAACACCUGUUACAUCUCAACAACAGCAAAACCAGCUGCAGAAACCAGAACAGCAACAAACACAGUCACCGCAAACAAGUGCAUUGCCUGCGCUUGAAAAUUUCAACAUUUAUAACCUUGACGAAGAAGAAACAAACACUCUUAUUCAGCAGCUGUUCCACGUUGCAAACUCACUCCCUGAAGAAGCCCUUACUGGCACACAAAAUAGCCAGAGUGUUGUGCAAGAAUUGUUGGCAGGGUGUGAUGGCAAUCAAGUAACACAGAUGGAGACAAGUUCACUACAAAAACCAAUGGUUCCUAUUGAUAAUAAUAAUAAACAGAAUAGUAACCCAGAGAACCCCUUGUUGCAACAGUUGCUCAUGGAAGGCAGUGCAAGUGAUCAAUUGAAGUUACAACAACAACAGAGCGUACCUCCUGAUAGUACAGUACAAAGUCCGCCGUUCACUCCUAUCCCAAAUACUGCACCAAUUGGCUUUGGAGCUCUGCUAAAUCGACAAUCUAAUCAGCAACUACGUCGCGUUAGUACGUGGGGACAACAGCCUUCACAAUUAGGAAGGUCAUCAGGUGGAAUUCAACGAAGAAAUACCAUAGGUUCAGUACAUAGUAUAAGUAAUCAAGGGCUCAGUGCAACAGGUAUGACAAAUCCCAUGCCGUUCAGUCAUCCUUUGCAAUCAACUCAGAAGUCAUCCAUACAGGUGAUGACCAAUUUAAAUAACUUGAGUGGCAAUACAUCGCAGCAGUCACCGUCUUCAAUAAUGUCAGAUGACUCCUCUGCUUCUCUAUCUGAUGAUGCUAUACUACAGCAAUUGGAACAAGUACUCAAUAACAGCAACUUAUCUUUGUGUGAAAUAGACAAUGCUCUAGGAAUAGAACAGCUUCUGAGUACACCCCAUUCAGAUGAGCAAUUAACAUCUGAUUUAUUAAACUCUGCACUUUCUGGAGGUGCAUCUGGUCGAAAUACUCCAUCCUCUAGCAGUGUUAACAGUAUGAAUACAAUCGCUACAUCAUCUAUGAAUACACUGGCCAACUCUAUGGGUGGCAGCAUAGCAAGCAACACAAUAACAAAUACAUAUCCCCACAGUACAAUAACAGACUCUCUGAGCAGUAAUUCAGGUUUGUUAAACACUGGUAAUCUUGGACUGAACACUAAUUUUAUGGAUUCCACCAUGCGACAGCAAUCUCAGCAGCCCGUGUAUUCCAUGCAACAAGACCUACCAGACAUAAUUAACCCACGGUUUUCACAAGGACACAGCAUGAAUUCAGGUCCACGUUUUCCUGGUAGUGGACAGAUGCCGCAGUCCUUUCAGCAGCAGCAAGUGCAAGCACGAUUGCGACACCAGCAGCAACUACAGACAGUCAGACAGCAGAGAUCGCAUCUCAGGCAAACUCUUCUGAUGAGACAGCAACAACAGAGGCUACAGCAGCAGCAGCAACAACAGCAGCAGCAACAACAGCAUCAUGAAUUGCAGCAGCAGAAACUUCAACAGAUGCUGCAGCAACAGAUUAUGAUGCAGCAGCAACAUAACCCUUUAUUACAACAGCAGCAGAAGCACCUUGUAAUGCUGCAACAGCAGCAGCAACAACAAAGUUUCAUUGGAUCACAAAUCAACCAUCAGCAGUUAAUAGAAACACAGGAAACAAAUUUCCCUCCUGAUACCUUAGCAGAUAUGUUGGCACAAACUUCUAAUAUUACGGCUCCAAAUGUGACCAUUCAGAAAUCUCCCGGAGCAUUCAAACCCCAGAUGUCUCCACAUUCAGCGCGACCACCAACACCUGGUACUGCAGUAGGUCCUAGACUGUCACAAGCUGCAUCAAGACCUCUGCAGAGUGGGACUAGAAACUCUACUGGUUUGGACUUCUCUCUGUCUCCAUCGUUUUCUCAACGUCCUCCUCAGCAGACUCCUCCAGUAUCCCACUUUAAGCCUAGUCAGAAUAUUUUCCAGUUUCCUGAUCUGAAUACUACAGCACCACCAAACAACACUGUCACAAGUUCUAUGAGUCAAAAUAAUUUUCAUAUGCAGCAAACUAACAGUUCUGGUAGCAAUAGCAUCACCACCAACCCCAUGACGCCGCAAACCAGCGCCACUGGUACUAACAGCAUAUUUACUAACACUAUCAUGCACCUUACUGGCAUCUCUAGUAGCAGUACCAUCACAGCCAAUCUUGUGUUGCAACAGGGCUGCAGUGCUGCCUCAAGUGGCUCUGCUCAGCUGAACAACGCCACCAGACCCAGUACGACAAUGGUCAAUUCAAUGAUUUCGCAAACGAGCAGCACCGUUGCAAGCAGUGCCGUGGCAAAUCAGAUAAUUGCUAUGAGUCCGCAGACAGCCAAUCAAAUGAUGUCUCCAAGUAGAAUGUUGCAGUUCACCCAGUCUCCAGCAAACACAAUAGCGUCUUCAAAUCGGCAAUCUCCAGCAUGGGGGCGACAAAUGAGUGAACCAGGGUCAUUACUAUUGGCACAGUUGAAUGCUAAAAGUAGUCCCGUUGAUACACAAGAAAUAAUGGGAAGUGCCAGUCAGCUGCAGAGAAGCCUGAGUACUGAUCAGCAACAGCUGAGACCCAGCAGUCGAGAAGUACAUAGUUCCCAUCUUUUGAGUGCUUCAAGCCAAGGAACAUCAGCCACUUCUUCCCCUUUAGCAUCAAUAACAUCACCACCAAGUGUAUUGAAUGACACCCCUAGCAGUAUGAGUGAAACUUUGACGCCUAAGAAAGAGAUGGAUAAAAGUCUGAAAGCAUCACCGUGCAGUCGUCCGAGUAAUAACAGUGAGCAGUUCAAUGUAGCUGUUGAUAUUGUUGACCAAGGUAAUGUAAUAGCCUCCUCCACUACCAUGUACCACCAUCCUUAUCCAUCAUUUGAUGAGACAGAGGACAAUGAGAGCAUGAUGUUGGACUUUCCUUUUGACGACUUAACAGGUGAUGACUCUAAACCAGCAGCUGUAGAAAACACUGAACCCCCUGAUAGUGAAGAUAGUGCGAGAAAUGAUAUACAGGAAGAUGAACUUGCUGACAGACUGACCAUGGUUAUGGAAAACCAUACACGAGAAGAAGCACACAAGCGCUUUCAAAAGUUCUGUGCCCUGGCCAAUGUUAAACCUCCAUCAGAUCCAUCAAUGAAGGCUGCUACUCUUUUCCGCAAUCAGUUAUUGAACCCUGAUACUAAGGCACCACCACUUGAAAUCAGUACAGAUGAUAGUAAACCAAUAGUGCAACCAGAGAAAAAAGGAAAAAGCAGCUUGCUUCAAAAAUUAUUACUAGAAUAA